UGCCAGCCUGGCCAGCUGUGCUCAGAGAUGAGCCCAGAGCACAGAGCCCAGCACACGGGCACAGGCACACGGGCACAGGGGGUUGCACACAAGUGCCCUGCCCUGGGCACAACCAUCCCCAGGGUGCAGGCCAGAGGCUCUCAGGGGCUGUUCCCACCAGGGCACAAGGAUGUGCAGACACUGGCACACACUGGGCCACAGCCACACUGCCACGCACAUUAUUGUGGGGGAGCACAUGGGGCAGAGGCCUGAGGAAGGGAUGUGACUGAGGAGAUGCUGGAGAGCUCCCAGUCAGAGCAGAUGCUGGGAACACCAAGCAGGACAGAAGCUCAGGCAGUAGAGCUACAGGAGUCUCAUGCACUGUAGAGGCUAAGGAGGAAGGCAAAGAAGUUUUACCACACAGUCAAGGCUCGAAGGAGAGCUGUUUGGUGAUGAGCCAAAGACUCGAGGGCUGGGAGCAGAUGAGGCACUUCCAGGCAGCAGGAACGGAAAAUAUCCCAAAGAAUGCCUGAGGCUGGCAUCUCCUGCCUCCUUGAGAUCCCUUCUGCACAUAGUUCAUGUCUCUUAACCACACUGACACAUCCUUGCUCCAGGAAUCACGGAAUCUUGCAUGCCAGCACUCAGAAGAAGUGUCCGUGAGGGAUUGGGAAUGAGGUAAGACAGGAAAUGCAAAGUCAUGGUAGAGGGAAAAUCCAAGUCAUGCCAUGCCAUUCCCAGAGAUCUUUCCAUUCAUUUGGGAUCAUGCAGGAAUAUCGUCACCUUGACAGCACAAACUGUGGGCCCUGAGGCACUGUGGGGCAAGGAUAAAAGGCAGCCAAACUGGUGGCUCUCUCAACCACUUCUGUCACCUCCUUCUCCUUGGAAUCAGGUGCAGCGCCAGGCUCCAGACAUGUCCUGCUCUGAGAAGUGCCAGCAGUGCCAGCCCUGCGAUCCUUGCUGCCAGUCCUGCGGCCCCUGCCCGCUGGCCAGCAGCUGCAAUGAGUGCUGUGUCAGGCAGUGCCAGAGCUCCCACGUUGUCAUUGAGCCGCCUGCUGUGCUGGUGACCCUGCCUGGCCCCAUCCUCAGCUCCUUCCCACAGAACACCGCCGUGGGAUCCUCCACCUCUGCUGCUGUUGGCAGCAUCCUCAGCUCUCAGGGAGUGCCCAUCAGCUCUGGGGGCUUUGACAUCUCCUGCAUCACCAACUGCUGUGCUGGCAGCAGAUGCUGUCGUCCCUGCUAAAGAUGCUGCUGACAAUGUCCUCGGGCAAGAACCUCCAAGACCUCAGAUCAUGGUGAUGGAAUGAAAAUCGGUUUUGGAACAAUGGAUUUAAGGCUUUGGACUUUUUCUCCUUCUUCUCCUCCUCCUCUUUUUUUUCUCUUUCUUUCCUUUGCUGUCACCAACACUCAAUGCCAGCCUAGUGGGACCUGUUGGCCUCCUUCCCUCAGCAGCCAGAGCAUCAGGCAUGCCGCUGCACCUUACUUGCUUCCCUCAGGUGCCUUCUCUGAGCCCUCUCCUUCUCUUCCUUUGACUCAAUAAAGUUCCUUUUGCAUUCAAA